CACAUGCAUGGACAUCCUGCAAAGAGUCCAAAAAACACAAAUGAGACAAUCUUUGAAACCAAUGCAAUUGAAAGGAUACACAAAUUACAACUACUCCAUCUUAGACGUGUACGGCUAGAGGGAUGUUAUACAAAUUUCCCUACAGGAUUAAGAUGGUUGUGUUGGCUUGAAUUUCCUUUGGAUUCUAUACCCAUUGAUUUUCCCUUGGAGUGUCUAAUUGUUCUUGAAAUGCAAUAUAGUAGCAUGAGAGAAGUCUACAAAGGAACAAAAUCUCUUCCAUCAUUGAAGAUCCUUGAUUUGAGCCAUUCUCAUGGCCUUAGUCAAACCAUGGACUUCUCAUACUGCCCCAAUCUAGAGGAAUUGAUUCUUGUAGAUUGUGGAAGCCUGCUUGAUGUUCAUGAAUCCAUUGGAAACCUAGACAGACUUGUGCACUUGAAUCUAAAGGAUUCCAAGAACCUUAGGAUGCUUCCAAAGAACAUGUGCAUGCUAAAAUCACUUGAGACUCUCAUUUUAUGUGGGUGCUCAAAUCUUGAUGAGACGAUGAAGAAGACGGAAUCUUUAAAAAUGCUCGAAACAGAUGGAAUUCCAAGAAGUGAAUUAUGGCCUGGAAGAAAUUCAAGUAUCUUGACUUAUUUGCCAUGUUCUUUAGUAGAGUAAGGACUUCGUAGCUGCAAU